AUGGAUAAAUCAACAUUUAAACAAUUAACUAAUGAAUAUGAUAUAUUAUAUCUUCUUUAUCAUCGAUCGAAAAAUCAACAUCAUCAACAAAUUUGGUUUAAAUAUUUAAAUAUUAUGAUUCGUAAUUUACGGAAAAUCCUUAAACUUCAAAUUGAUAUUAAUCGAUUAUCAAUUAUUAAAAAUCAAAAUAAAAUCGAUUAUAAAACCAAACAAAUCAUUCAAAUUAGUAAUAAAAUUUUAAAAUUAAUUAAAUCAUCAUAUUGGAAUUAUAAUUCAAUUUUAGUAUUAGGACAAUAUAUUACUCUUGGAUUAGGUUUAAUUGGAUCAUUAUCAAAAAUAUCUUAUUUAAUAAUUAAUGGUAUAAAAGGUGUAAAUAAACAUGGCAUAGAUAAAGUAUUGAAUAAGAUGCAAAAAGAUACUGCCACUACUACUACUAAUAAUAAUUAUCAGGGAAGUAGUAAUGUUGGUGGAAGUAAAGAUUUGAUGAUUAAUAAUCAAAAUGUUGUUGGUGUUGAUGAUGAAAUAGAUUUUGGUGAAAUAAUCCCAUAUAAUGAGGAAGAUGAAGAAGAAGAAGAAGGCUCGAUUAGUGGUGAUGAUAAUGAGAGGAUAAAUGAAAAUAAUACACAGAAGGGAAAUCUACUAAAAUUCGAUCAGAUUGAUACUAAUGCACAAAUCAAAACUUAUAAAUCCCAUUCUAAUAAUUCAAAACAUAACUUAUCAAAUCUAGAGGAAGAAGAAAAUUCAAAUAUAAAUCCCCAAAAAUCCCAAUCAAAUAUCACUAAUCAAUCUACUAUCAAUUCUACAAAGAAUGUCAGCAAUAAUAGUAAUGAAUCAACCCUAACAAAUACAAAAAAAAGGAAACUUAAUGACACUUCUAAUAACACAACCGAUGAUAUAUUUGGUAGUACCAAAAAUGGUUCUGGUGAUAAUAAGAAAUUGAAAAAGAAGGACAAAUCAUUGAAACCCCUUAAGAAAAAGAAGAAGAAGAAAAAAUCAGCUAUUGAUGAUAUAUUUGGAUAA